GUGACAGAUGCUCGUCUUCUGUAUAUCAACAGUGAUGUACGAUGUCCGAUAAAAUUCCAUUAGUUGAAAUUCCUUGAUAAAUAUUAUAUUUUUUUAUUUAAUUUCAUGCUUAAUUUGUUCCAAGAUCAAAUAUUCAUUAAGCCGAAAUGAUGAAUCGGGUAUCUAAUGGUAAUGCAGCUAUGGCACCUUGCGAAUCCGAUAAAAGUAAGGAUUGGCAACUAGAAAUACUCAUGGAAAAAUUGCGAUCUAAAACAGCCCAAUACAAGACAUUACCUGAAAUUUCAAAAAAUGUCAGAAUGACUAUGCUGGAUAAAAGAUAUGCUCUAGACAGUGUUGAAAAGAGUCAGCAUCAGAAAUGUUUAGAUACCUUACAACAAUCUAUGAAAGUUACUUCAUUACAAAGUAUGGUUGAAAGAUUAGAAAGUUUAACUAGACAGUUAGGGUUGAAAUUUGUAGUUGGUCCAUCAGAUGUCCAACUUUUUAUAUCCUCAGAUAUGUUUUAUUUAGAAAUUCUAUUGGACACUUCAGGUGCAGUACAAGAUGUUAAAGUACAUCAUGAGGGUAAAAUGGAACAGCAAAGCUGUGCUGAAUUAGUUAGUUGCUUGUCAAGGGGAGAUUUCCAAGAUUUUACUGCACAAUUAGAAGGUUUCGCUUCUAUUUAUCAGUUGAAUGCCGAGAAAAAAGUAAAAAGUAAAGCUUUCACAGCCUUGCAAUCUUUAGAAACAGAUUUAAGCACACUCGCUCAAUUACAUUCUUUCUUGAAAGAGCCUUUCAAUUCGAUUUAUAAAUCUCCUGUUGGUAUACUGGAAAAGAGAAAAGGGGGUCAUCCUAUGAAAUUGACUUAUUUUAUUUCACCCUAUGAUUUGAUCAAUAUUAGUAAGGGAGAACUGGAACCCAUAAGUGCGGAACUGAUAUCUAGUAAGAAUUUAGGUUACAGUGUUACAGUUUGUAUGGAAGGUUCAGCUGCUCACAAAUUGCAAACAACAACUCUUAUCACUGUCAGUAGGACAAUGAAUGGCAAAAGUUCUCCUUCUUUUGCACCACUAAGCGGCCAAAAUAGUUCCGUUAUACCAGCGACUUUCGUUCUCAAGUUGAACAAACCGUUACCUAUGUGUGUAGCUCUGGCUAGGCAGCUUCAGGUGGUCACGGAACUAGAGUGGCUGGAUUUCACAAAUAGACGGCCCCUUUUAGACUUGAUUGUGUCUCAGUGCAGUAACGGGAAAAUGAGGUCUGAAAAUAAUAGGGGACUGUUUGUGAAUCUGCCAGAUCAAAACCACUGUUAUUUUAUGACUGAUAACAAAAAUGUCGAGGGAAUUCUUGUUAAUAGCAUUCCUUUCACUCAUCCAACUAAGGUAGCCCAGAUAUUGGUUUUGUUGAGACAACAGGCUCUCUUUAAUACCCUAAUUUCAAGCUGUGUUAGGCCAAAAAGUCAGCAGACUUUCGAGAAUGUUUUCAUGAUUGAAAUAACCGCCCUUUCUUGGACGCAUAUCUCGAUAUCUUUGGAACAUCCGACAGAGGAGAGCAUGGCAACUGCCGAGAUGGAUCUCUCGGAUAUCUCAAGGUUAACUUGCAAGAUCCACACUCCGGGUACUCCGCCACCACCAAACGCCCCAGACAAAGCGUCAGAACUGGUAUCAAGGGUACUAAAUAAGAGCUUCUCGAUUCCCGUGAUGAUACGGUCCAUCAUCCAAUUCUGGGAGAGGCAGUCCCACGACAGGAGGAACCACUUUGGACUAGGCAGCAACGGACACGAAAAUUUUAGUUUACCCCUCGACUCCUGCGACCCCGGGGGCGGAAGCGGGCCCAAGGGGGGAGUCGGAGGUCCGGGGGGUGGUAAUCUGCCGGAGUUCGAGGGUCUGGACGGGGGCGGGGGGAACAGGGUCAAACAGGAGCUCUGUCACACCCAGACCUCCAAUGCGAUGCAGAGGGAGAUGUUCCUGAACGAGAGCUUGAUGUCGAAUCCGAAUUUUCAGAAUUUCCCGUCUUCUGAGGGGGUGCUCGAACUGCUGGGGGCCCCAGGUAAUGAGAAAAGUACCAAAAGAGGACAAAAAAGAUCCAGGAGUGGAGAGGAUUCCUGGAGGUCCAAAAGCCGGAAGGCGGGAGAUGAAGAUGUUCUCUUGGAGAGCUCUAACAGCAGCGAUUCGACCUCAGGAAGUACAUUUCUUUCGCAUCAGGACGCCACUGACUUAGUCAAUUCGAAUUCUGCCUCUUUAGGAUUUCAGUCUGACCUAGAGUUGUCCACCAUGGACUCCUCCGAAUUGGGGGGUAUGGAGAAAAACGUAGACUCCGACAGGGAAGACACGGAGGAAGAAAUGAACGAAAAAUUUAGGCAGAACUCGGAAGUCAAGUCCCCUAUGGAUAUGCUGUCCGAUCUGAACGACAAAAAUCUAGUACCUUCCAAUGUGAGCAUCACGCCAAUCUCAAACACUGCCAGUCCUUCUUACGUUCAAGGAGGAUUACCUGAGAGACGUUCAUCGAUUGAACUGUCGUCUAUGAGUCCUUCUACGUCGUCCCUCAUACCGAGCACAAUAACAAUCACGCCGCUUCCUCAAGUCAAGUCUUCAUCAGACGAUAAGUACAAAGAAAGGAAGAGUAGCAAGAGUAAGUCGGAUGAAAAGAGUCGGAUGGAGAAAAAAAGGAAAAGAAAACGAGAUGAGAGUCCCAUGGGUCCCCCAGAAAAGAUUCCACCCAAGCAAGAUCCCCUUUCUAAACCCGUCUCCGUUAGUAUCAAACCAUCAGAGUCUCCGCCACCCUCUCUCAGUACGCCCUCCUCUCCGGGCAUUUUAAAGUAUUCGGCAUCACCCACCCACAGGAGUUUGAGCGGAAAAUUAAGUCCUAGCUUGGCCAAGCAGAGUCUCAAGGGUCAUCACAGUCCGAAGCAUAGCCCAGCCCACGUUCCAAGCAGCCCUAAACACGGUUUGGGCAUAUCGAGUCCGAAAAGCCACGAUUUCUUUCAAGGUACAUCCCCCAAACAUCCAUCGGCGAGCGGUUCCGGCAAACCCAGCAUGUCCACCCUUAAAAACGCCACCAAUUCGCCCAACAGUAAGUCGGAGUCGAAAACCAAGUCCGGCCUCAAGGAAUCGUCGAGAGAUAAGGAGAAGAAACAGUCGUCGACCUUCCAGUCGACCACCGCCAGUUCGAAAAAUAAAUCUUCCUCUAAGACGAAAACUACGGAUUCUAAUUUCAACACUGAGAUGAUAUCUCCGCAGGAAAAUCAGAUAGCGCCAGGUGGCGCUUCGGAUUCCAGCGGCAACCUGAACCAGGCCAGGAGGAAAGGCAUGUUGUCGGCCAUCGUGGAUAAGUUAAAAUCCGCACAGCACUGUGAAUCAGGCACCGAUCUCUCCGGAAAAAUCAACAACAGACUUGAAAGAGACCGGAGCAGUGGCAGCAGUCAGAUUUCCAAGUCUGGCGACUCGAAGAACACAACGAACAAAUCGGGAGAUCCAAAAAACUCCGAAUACAUGGUGAAACCAAGUUCGGACGGCAUAAAACUGACGAUCAACAAGACGAGGACCAAAGACGCGGUGAAGAACGCUGCUACGAAGACCGGGUCCCCCAAAGUUCACACGGGCUUGAAACCAGGGGUCAACAGCGGUCCUGCAUCUAAAAAACCUCAGCAGCAGCAGUUGCAGAAUCAGAAAUCUUCAUCCUCCGUUUCUUCAUCUUCCAUGCCGACAUCUUCCAAGAAUUCGCCGAAACUUACGCUUUCUAGCCCCAAAUCUACCUCAGUCGCUUCAUCCUUGUCUUCCAGCAACAAGUCGUCGAAGGCGAGCGCGAGCGGUCAGACGAAAGACAGAAUAUCGAAGUUGGGAAAGAGCAGUUCGGAAAAGUCCGUGUUUUCCUCUAGGGAGAGGGGUAAAUCGAGUCCCACCCCUAAGGACGAACCGGACACCGCCUUCAAGUACAACUCGUCCCUGAAGAUGGAGGGUUUGGUGAAGCAGUUGGAUAAGAACUUUCAGAUUCCGAAAUUGUCCGCUAGGAUGGGGUCAGCUCAGAUGGAGGAUAAGAAGUCUGGUUCCAAGGAAAAUCCCAACAAUCUCAGCCGCAGCCCUUCGGAUUCAAAAAUUUACGAUCUGAUGCCGAAGGGCGACUCCAAAUACCCCCUGGCCAUCCCGAACAACAAAAUCCUGGAAUCGAUGGAGAGCAAGAUGAGGAACAACCUGAACAGUAUUACGCAGAACCCGUCGAUGUUGAACAGAAAAGACGAGGAAGAUGAGAGCGGUCGAAGAGAUCCCCUCGCGAUCUCUUAUCCGAUUUCUAACUCCGUUGCCAACAAGACCUACGGGACCGGAUUCCCUUCAACGGACCAACAACCUCUUAGUCUUUCGAUGAAAACGGCGAUGGACUUGGCUAAAUUCGCGGCGCCGGAUGCACCACGCGACAAGAGAGAGACUAAGAAAGGGAGCAGCAUGGCUGACUGCGAUAUAUUGUUGGAUUUCAGCAAAGGGAGCGCUGGUGCGAAAACAGCAACAGCUCCUUAUCCACCGUCGCCUUCCGUCAGUGUGCACAUAGUUAAAUCUCCAGCCCCCCAUCCCAGUCCCAGGGCCAUCUCUCCAGACGAACUGAUGGAUGAGACGUUCGUGGGCUUGGGAAAAUAACGCAUUGAUUGUGCCACUUUUAUGGGAAAUUUUAGGUUAAUUUUAAAUCGAUCUGUAUAUUAUGAAAUUUGUAUAUAAUUGACUAAAAUAGUUUAAUGAAUAAAAAUAUUGAUUAUUUAUUCAA